UACAUAAGCGCCAUUUAUACUGGCAUAAGCAGUGGGUAGGACCACGAUUUUUCUGUUCGUGUUAUAUGCAUAGGGGGCGUCGGAGUAGAUCACUUGACCGUCCGCGCACUCUUGGCAUUUGUUUUUCUUUGCGAUCGUGGUUAUCGUUACGGUGGACUAAGCUGUAGUGAUUGUCGUGAAUUUAAUUAAUGUGGUUUGAGGCAUGCUGCACAAUGAGCAUUUGAUGCUACCCACAGGGCUGUUAUUACUAUCGGGGUCUCUCUCGAGAUCAACCGCGCAGGAGCUGGCCUUACCGCAUGUCUUGGUGCAAAGGGGCGGGAUCAUAUCUCGAGGGGGUCAGAUAGGCCGGAUAUAUACGGUCCUGUGUUGCUCUCUGGUGACCAACGAAAGCUGGCGUAUAUCCCGAAGGGACAUCCUGCAAGCAAUAUUAGCAUCUGAAUAUAUGGAUGUACUGGCGAUGCUCAUAUAUGGCGAAGUGUCGACUGGAUUGGUCAGAUCGCGGCGCUAAAUGUUGCCUCUCACUCCACCAUUAGGGCUUCUUUUGGUGAAGAC